AUGAAACAAAAAAAAGAUGCAAAAUUUGUUUUAAAACCUGUAGUUCUUAUCUAUGAUGAUUCAGUGUACAUAACGCGUCUGGCACUACCCUCUGAUUAUGAGAACGUUGCAGACUUUAUGAGCGAUGUAUACUACAGAGGUGAACCAGCGAUUUUAAAUAUAGGCACUGCUAGCGCAACCGCACCAAAAUGCUGGCGACGAAUGAUGUACGAUCAGGUGAAGUACGGUCUAUCAAUCAUAGCCGAGGACCGUGAUCGCUAUCUAAUCGGCGCAUCGCUGAACACUGUGAUAUAUCCAUCAGAACCAGAAAAGAUACUCGAGUAUACGAAAACGUGCGAGUCACCUGCCAUGAAGCAGAUCCUGCAUUUCUUCAGUUACGUAGUGGAACAGUCGAGGAUUUUCGAACGAUUCUGCGUUCCCAGGAUGUUCGAGUUGACUAGCUUGGCGGUGAGCGAGGACUACAGGAACAUGGGGAUUGGUAGGAGGCUGAUCAUGGAGAGCUGGUACCUGGCACGCAGCUGUGGCUACCCGAUGGUGUAUAUAUCUUGCGACAGCAGUCAUUGUGCGAAGAUAUGUAUGGACCUUGGAUGGCAAAAUGUUUGGAGUAUGCCGUUCGAUCAGUACGUACUGGAUGGUGAAGUGGUCUUUAAGCACGUUAAAGAACCGAACACUCAAUGCAGAUUAUUUAUUAAUAAGCUGAAAGAUGGGAAAAUAUAG